UGGUCGGGCCCCGCCGUGACGCACACCCUCCCUUCUUAUCGCUCGAUCGGAGAUUUUUCCGCGACCUUAACCCUGUGAGGAAAUUCAAUCGAUCUUCGAGCACAUGUCGGAGACUAUAAGAACUCGCGCGCAGGUCCAUAGAUAUGCAUCUCGAGGGAAAGAUCUAAGGCGACGACGCGUCGGCAUCGAAAAGCCAGCCAUUGAAAACGUUUAAUCGUCAGCGAAAAGUUUCCUUCUGGAAAUUUCACUAUGAUGCGAUAUCGCUAUGAUGACGUAGACGAGAGCAGUGAUCGGAGAAAGUCACAGAUUGAUUAAGACUCGGAUCGCGCCGACUGUUUAUCGUGUGUGAGUGUAGGAACGGAAGCGUGCGAAGGGCGAAUUUCUUCCGACGGUCACGAAGAGCGAAAUGAAAGUCUUACUAUGCUAAGAUAUGACGACGAAGAGCCGUCUGCAAGAUUGCACCCACGAGAUUUAACAACGUGGGAGUCGAUCAGUGAGACUUGGCGGCGUGUGAGGGUGGUGUCCACGGGCACCACCGAAAGCUGGGGCAUCUCGAGGACAAGGAGAAGGUCCUGGAGGAGGAAGAGGUGGCUCGCAGGCGGGAGGGAAGACCGGAGGUGACUAUCCACCCCACAUGGACGCCACCCCCAAAAGACCACCCGUACCCCCCACACCGGAUAUCCUGUCGUCAUUAUCUCGCCGCGGAAUAUCCGACUUAAGUGUCGUCGCGGUAUCACCGCGUCGUGCCUUACGUCACCGUCAACGUCGUCGAAUAUCCAGCAGGAGACCCCCUUCAUUGCUCUUCGGUGGUGACUGUCAUAUACCGAAAACAUCAUCAAAAACGUCAUCCCUGUCGUCACCUACGUGCCUCAAUUUUCUUUGUCUUCUGCGUCCCGCGAUAGAAGGACCAUCGAUUUCACGUCGUCUCUUUAACGUCUUUGGAACGGAACGUCGCGCUCGAGGAUCGUCUGUCGCUGCUGGCAGUGAGACGAUUCUGUUUAUAAAUAAUCCCACGUGGCACCUGAACACGACGACGUUAAUCACUCGCCAAGCAGUGAGGGAAUUUUUUACGCAUCGCAUUUUUAUACCGCGUCACCGCGCGUUUGAUGCCUACUUUACAACAGCUGACCAGCGUCGAGCCGGGAGAUCGUUCCGUUUAACGGCCGUCAUCUUCCGCAUCGGCGGACAUAUCGACAGACUCCGUCCAGAAGCGCCUAACUCGAAAGUACAGCCUAAAGCUAAACCACGCAAACAAUGUCACGCAGCGCUGCCACGCGGCCUAUGCAAGUACUACAGAAAAAAGGAAAAUGAUUAA